CAUGACUCCAGUUUUCCUUUUCCUCCUCCUCUUCCUCUCCUUAACGGCCAUUCCUCCGGGUGCAUCUGAUGAUGGACCUCAGAAAGAGGAGCGCUUGGAUGUCUCUGAAAUCCUCGCAAGAGCAAAUGCUGACAUUACAACGCCCCUUACGCAUGGCGACAUUGUGCCAAAUUUACAGAGGAAUGCAGAUCCCUGCACGGCCAGAGGCUGCAAGUGGCCCAAACGUGGAGACUACGUCUUCGUGCCUAUCCACAUCUCCUCCAGAUACACCAGAGACGAGCGCAGAAUCAUCAUAAGAGGCCUCCUUACAUUCCACAGCUCCACCUGCAUUCGCUUUGUCUGGAGGCGCUACUGGCAUCGCAGAUACCUCUACAUCUACUCUGGAUCUGGGUGUUGGUCCUACGUGGGCCGUCAAAGACGAGGACAGCCGGUCUCCCUGAAAAAAAAUGGCUGUUUGUACCAGAACAUAGUGCAGCACGAGGUUCUCCACGCUCUGGGCUUCCAUCACGAGCACAUCCGCUCCGACAGAGACCGAUACAUCUCCAUCCUCACCCAGAACAUCCAGUCAGGAAUGGAACACAACUUUGAUCAGCAGCAGACUAACAACCUGGGUACUCCCUAUGACUUCAACUCUGUCAUGCAUUACAGCAGAUACGCCUUCUCCAAAAACGGCGAGCCAACCAUCAUCGCAAAGAGCAACCCUAACCUCAACUUUGGAUGGGCCAGAGAGAUGAGCCCCUAUGACACCGCCCGCAUCAACAAGCUUUAUAAAUGCUCAAGUAAAUGACAGAGGAAACAGUAGACCUCCAGAAACUUCAGCUCUCAGCUUGUCAAGAUUCAGCCAAAGGC